AUGUCAGCCACUUCUCCAAUCAUCCGUAUCGACCCAGCUCGCAUCAUCGAUGAGGUCGACCCUCGUAUCUACUCUGGCUUCACCGAACACAUGGGAAGAUGCAUCUACGGAGGCAUAUAUGACCCAGAGAACAAGAGCGGCUUAUCGGACGAGAGGACAGGAUUCAGAAAGGAUGUGAUGGAAGCUCUGAAGGCUCUCAAGAUUCCUAUCGUGAGGUAUCCUGGAGGAAAUUUCGUCAGUACCUAUCGAUGGCAAGAUGGUGUCGGUCCUCGUGAACUUCGCCCACGAAGGCCUGAACUUGCAUGGUUGACCGAGGAGAGCAAUCAGUUUGGAACAGGUGACGUUCAUUGA